GCGCAGGAGCCUGGAAGAAAUGAACUGCAUUGGAGAAUUUUCGCGGCCUUAGGAGGUACAUUUGUGUCCAUAAGACAGCGCUUUUAAAAGCCUCCGUGCGUUUUCAGACAGAAAACACUCUGAAAGUCCAACGGACGACGCAAAUUGGCCAGAGAUACCUGGGAUCUGGAUUCAUCACACACCGUAACAUAUGAGUGGUGGCAUGACAGAGUAAUUGAAAAAGUGAAAUAGUAAGUAACCUAUAGGGUCACUUUCGUGGCGUGUGUUACGCUAGGUAGGUCAGUUGGGACACAACAUUCGCAGACUUGGUCAGGGUCUCAGCACGAAUAUUUUCUCAGCAACGCUAAGGGGACAAAACCUAAUAGAAUUGAAAUGUAGUAGUACAGGUCUUGAUGUUUCUAUUUUGCUGUUAGUGUUCCAGCAUACGUCCACAACGUUUGUAUAGGAUUUCCCGGUGUUGGGGUUCGCAAGGGCAUGGUGGUACCCACCCUCUGGUCAGUCUGUCAACCUUCAGAGUGAUGUUGCUCAAGUUAAGCACUUUUUAAUUUAUACCUUCAAGAGCAAGCUUAUUGUAUCGGUGCUGAUCCAAAGUCUGCUGAAGGACAGUUGAGGAAUGGGUUGUAACUUUCCAGAAGUGGACAGGUAAUUUGGUGGAUUUGGGGGGAAACAACAGUUUUAAGAUAAUACCUUUAUGAUUUGGUAGGAUAACAUCAGUAGGAGCUUUAUGGUCCAACAUUUUUUAGAGCCUUAAUCUUUUUCAGUUGUAUUUUACGUGCCCUGGAAUGUAUGGGGGCCUGUUGUGCUGUCUGAAAGCUCCAUCUCCCUGUAUAAGGCAUUUGGACCUAAUAAAACUGUUGUUCCAUCUCAGGAGCUCAGAGGUUUCACCUUAAGGAAUUUUCUCACCUGAACCUGACUGAUAUUUGGAGUUUUAAAAUCCAAUCCAGUGUGCAACUCCGCUGCUAGAGCAAGGUAACUCAUGACCCUCCUAAUGAGACUCUGACUGAUAGUUUGCCUCUCAGAGCGAGAGAAGUCAAGGUCAACAAUCAAAGUGUGAUUGAGACGACAAACCAUCCAAAACAAUGGCGUAUUCCAUUUACGGCAGUCUUAAUCGUGCCCAACUCACCUUUGAGUACCUGCACACCAACUCAACAACUCAUGAGUUUCUCUUUGGGGCUUUGGCUGAGCUUGUUGACAACUCAAGGGAUGCCAAUGCAACACGAAUUGAUAUAUAUUCAGAAAAGAGGCCUGAGUUGAGAGGAGGCUUUAUGCUCUGCUUCUUAGACGAUGGAACAGGAAUGGACCCAGGCGAGGCCACACAUGUCAUUCAAUUUGGGAAAUCCAGCAAGAGGUUCCCGGAGUCCACGCACAUAGGCCAAUACGGAAAUGGCCUGAAAUCGGGUUCCAUGCGCAUGGGAAAAGACUUCAUUCUUUUCACCAAGAAGGAGGACAAACUCACCUGCCUCUUUCUGUCCCGAACCUUUCAUGAGGAGGAGGGCUUAGACGAGGUUAUUGUUCCUCUGCCAAGUUGGAACGCCAAGACGAGGCAGCCGUUUACCGUAGACCCAGAGAAGUUUGCAAUCGAAACAGAACUGAUCUACAAAUACUCGCCGUUUAAAACAGAAGAGCAACUCUUCAAUCAGUUCAAAAAAAUCGAGGGGAACAGUGGUACAUUGGUUGUGAUUUAUAACCUCAAGUUGAUGGACAGCAGUGAGACAGAGCUGGAUGUCCAGACAGACCAUCAGGAUAUACUGAUGGCCGGCGUCCCUGCAGAGGGAGUGAAGCCCGAGCGCAGGUCUUUCCGGGCAUACGCUGCAGUCCUGUACAUCGACCCCAGGAUGAGGAUCUUCAUCCAGGGACACAAAGUCAGAACUAAGAGGCUGUCCUGCUGCCUCUACAACCCUAGAGUGUACAAAUAUACAUCAACACGUUUCAAGACCCGUGCAGAGCAGGAGGUCAAGAAGGCUGAUCAUCUCGCGAAAAUUGCUGAGGAGAAGGCCAGGGAGGCAGAAAGUAAAGCCCGGGCCAUGGAGACCAAGCUGGGAAACGACCUGUCCAGAGAAGCCAGAGCAACGUUACGCAAAGCCCAAGACACAGCUGCAGGCGUUCGUGCAGAGGCCAACACAAAGCGAGCCAUCCACGCAUCCAAACAGAGAGCCCUGAAGGAGCCCAAAGAGCUGAACUUCAUCUUCGGGGUGAACAUAGAGAGACGAGACCAGGACGGCAUGUUUGUGUACAACUGCAGUCGCCUCAUCAAAAUGUACGAAAAGGCCGGACCACAGCUUGAAGGAGGCAUGGCAUGUGGUGGUGUAGUUGGUGUUGUGGAUGUGCCCUAUCUCGUUUUGGAGCCAACCCACAACAAGCAAGAUUUCGCAGACGCAAAGGAGUACAGGCAGCUCUUGAGAGCCAUGGGAGAACAUCUCGCUCAGUACUGGAAGGACAUUUCUAUAGCUCAGAAGGGCAUUGUGAAGUUCUGGGAUGAGUUUGGCUACCUCUCGGCUAACUGGAACGCGCUCCCGUCCACCGACAUGCGCUACAGAAGACGCAGAGCCAUGGAGAUUCCAGUCACCAUCCAGUGCGAUAAGUGUCUGAAGUGGCGGAUGCUGCCGUUCCAGAUGGACGCCGUGGAUAAGCGUUACCCAGACAGUUGGGUGUGCCUCAUGAACCCUGAUGGCACGCAAGACAGGUGCGAUGCUCUUGAGCAGAAGCAAAAUAUGCCGGUCGGUAUCCUGAGGAAGGACGUGAAGAGUGCUGAGGAGAAACAGAAAGAGCUGUCUGAAAAGAUUCGUCAGCAGCAGGAGAAACUGGAGUCUUUACAGAAAACCUCCACUGUAAAGUCUGCAGCCGAUGUGAGACAGCUCCCUCUACAGGUCAGCAUGAAGUCUGCAGAAGAGCGCAAUGCACAGGCGACUCGUUCAUCUCAGCGCACUGCCUCUGCCCGCCCUCGCUCGCCGCCACUUCCCACCGUGGUCCAAAAAGCUGCAGCAGCCAAGCCGUCCCCAGCACAUCGGCCCGCACGGGUACCCGCCCCGCCUCCAGCGAGAACCAAGCCAUCUCCGCCGCCGCCACCGUCACCAGCCAAAUCAUCCCCAAGGGCUGCUGCUAGGCCUUCACCCAAACCCGUGGCCCCGACCCCCAGCCCAUCCUCCAGAGCCCCGACCCCCAGCCCGUCCUCCAGAGCAGCCUCUCGGAGGACCACACGGGUAGCUGCGGUAAGGGAACACACCGACCUCUGUGCAUUAAUGCUGGCCAGGCUUUUUCUGCAAGUACACUAUACCCAUGUCCUUAUAGGUGGUCUUACCACUCGGCAGCCAUCUUGGGUAACGCCCCCGAGCAGCAAAUUCAGGCAUCCACUGUCAGGCUCUUCUUCAAAUUGAAAUACCAACCUCACACAGGCACCAGAGUAAUGUAGGUACGAUAGAUACCAUUCUCACUUGGACGGCACCAAUUCAUGUAAGGUACCUUAUUUCCUGAAGGGGCACCAAAUAUAUGUGGGUACAAUUCUGUAUAAAUAUUAAUACUCACCUCACCAAGGCCACCAAGGUAAUAUCGGUACUAUCCUGACAACAGCGCCAAUAAAAUGUUGGUGAUCUCACCCGAUCGGAUAGGCAUCAUCUUAUCAACACAACAGCAGAUCAAUUAAGUUGAACACAUAGAGCACAUGGUAGAACACACAAAAUAAAGAUCAGUCACAAAUCAGUCUAAUAAGUAUAUAAACGAAUAUACUAACCACUAACAACAUAUACUAAUCAGUUUGGAACUCUGAUAAGUAAUUAAAUUCAUAACUACAACCACAAUUGACCCUAUCAAUAGCUAUUAAAGGCUUGGGAGUUCUGAAUAGAAGAGGUUGGCAGCGUUCACUCUUGUGCAACAUUAAAUACACCAACAUAUACAGUCAAAAGCAUUUAUUCAUAGAAUUAUCAGAAGUACACACACAGUAUGUAAUCUAACUAGAUGUACCAAACUAACAAGCUUAAGGGGGAUGUGUGUGUGU